GGGGUUAAAUCUAUUUGUAUAUAGUCUAUGCGUUAAAGCACUAUUUCCGGUUAAUGGUAAAAUGUGUGUUGGGUAUAGCUACUAUAUAGCUACAGUGGACUCGAGAAUUACACAUACAUUUGUUUUGCUCCGGUUAGUCUACUGCUCCACAAAAUUACAUGAAACGUAUUGCAGGUUUGCUAGAAAUAUCGGGGACAGUUUUACUUUACUUCCGACUUUUCCCUGUUGCUAUAUUGUCAUCUAAAAGGUAACGGAGGCUUGCUGUGACGGUUUCUUUUUCUUCCCAAAGCCAGCCUCGGCAGUGAUAAAACCAUGGUCCGAGCUCCAGCCAUGGAUGUGCUGAAGGACCAAUAAGAUGGCAGAGCAUCCGGUCUGUGAACUACCUCUAAAGAAGAGGAAGAUUAAGGCUCAGUCUCUAGAGAGCUCAGUGCAGGAGAGCACCUGCAGGCAGGUGCCAGUCAGCCUGUUGAGCGCCUCUGAAGUACUGCUGCAGAUUCCCCCAGACACUAAAGCCACCCUGCCCGUGUGGGACUGUCUGAAUGCUGGUCAGGCAGAUGCGCUGUGGAAUGUGACUCCACAAUGCAUCACCAUCCAGAUUACCCCUCUCAUCCCCCAGAAAGCCCAGAGCAAUGACCAGCCUGCAACUCAGCCUUCACCCCUGUCUGAAACCGAACCUUCAACUCCCCUUGAACCUGCAAGCCUGCCAGUUCCCAGCAUUCAGUCACAGUCCCAAAGUGUACUCAUGAUCCCACCUGAGUUGUCCCAGCGAGCGCUCAGAGCCAAGUGCAAACGACAGGCUCACUUCCACACUGGUGCCUCUGAGGAAGUCUGUAUCUGUGACCAGUUCCUCCUGGGACAUUGCCGGAAUGGGUCUAACUGCGAGAUGCACCACACUCCGUAUCCUUUCCAUUGGCAACUGAGACGCCGGGACACUCACCAGUGGGUCAGCAGUUCCCACUCUGCCCAGGUCAAACUGGAGAACCUGUACUGUGACAGAAACCAAGACGCCAUCAUACUACAGGACAAGGCAGACGUGUUUACCCUCCAGUUCGACACCAUGACAGUGGACGACUCUGAGAAGUAUGAUAAAGCCAGGAGACUCUCCAACAGCAGCAAUCCAGAGACAAACCCACAUUUCCCCACAGUGUGGAAUAUGUAUUGGUUUGAUGAAUUGAUGGAAAUAUGGGAAGACUACACAAAUAAAUUGUCCAUGUUGCUCCUGGAAAAUCUGGAGGCAGGGAAGAGUAGCUGCCGGUUCCACAUUGGGAUGAAAGAGUACGAAGUGGACUUCAGCAGUAUGACCCAGAGGAACGUUAUCACCGGGUUCCAACGUAGCAUACGACGAAGGCCCGCCUUUCGCUCACCCUUCUCCCUCAAAUCACGGCUGAAGACAGUUGUCCUACGCGCCCUGACUUUUACACAGGUUCUUCCGAGCCUCAGUGUCGACCCUCUGCAGGAGUUCAGCAGCUGGUACCCUCCUGUGUGGACUGUGGAACCAGGCCAGGGCUCAGACCAGGGCUUUAGCCUGGUGGCGGUGCCUUUCGGUGCCAAAGCCUACCAAAGUAUCCACUGCCUCUUCCACAGCACCAUGUCUGAGACCGAGAUGGAGAUCAUCAGCAUUCAACAGGUUCAGAACAUCUUUCAAUGGGACAAGUAUAGGAGGCAAAAAGAGCACAUGCAGAGCCGCAGCACAGCCCACAGCGGGUCUCUGGAGCGACACCUGUUCCACGGGACCACUGAGGACUUCGCCAAGGAGAUCUGUCUGAACAACUUCGACCCGCGAGUGUCAGGGAAGAACGGGGUGGCAUACGGCCAGGGUAGCUACUUCGCCCGAGAUGCCAGUUACUCGGACACAUAUGCACGUGCAUCAGGUGAAGAGAACUGCCAGCACAUGUUCCUUGCCAAGGUGCUGGUGGGUAAUGUGACUGUUGGAAAGACUAAAUUCCGUCGCCCACCCCGUCUCAGCCCCGAGACAUCAGGAUUUGAGCUGUAUGAUACCUGUGUUGACCGGAAGAGAAAUCCUUCCAUCUUUGUGGUAUUUGACAGCUGCCAGUGUUAUCCCUAUUACCUGAUCCGGUACAGAGAGGUGUCUGACACAGUCAAAAUCUUUGAAUGAGAUAAGCCUACUUUUUUGAAGGAUGUUGUUCUGCAAUAUGUAUCGCUGUAUGUAAUAAAAUAUUAUAUUUA